AUGAACUCGACUGCAGUGCAAUUCAGUCCUGUCAAGGAUGGACGUCGAAUCCUCGGCGAGAAGGACUCCAACGCGUGUCUGUCUCCAGCCCACACCAAAUCCCCAUUCCCUGCCAUGGGGACACCCAUGAAGCGGGCGGCCAUGCCCACCUCGCCCCGAAAACUCCUCCCACCUCCGGUAUUUGCGGGCCAAAAACGGACCAGGGACCAGGUCGACGAGCCAGAAGCGAAUGAGGAGCCCAUUCGCUUGCCAGAAUUCUCCCCGCAGCCUCCCCAAUCUCCAGUCCACGAUGUACACAGCCAGCAACACAAAACCUCCGACGCGACAGACUCUCAUAUCCCAACACCACAAAACUCACAGCCCGAACGCGACGAGACACAAGAUACGGAAACCGAAUCCUUCGGUCCCCGCACACCAGAGCAGACGCGCAGUGUGCCCGAGGACUCUGACGCGCGCAAAAUGUUCAUUCAAGAAAAAGCUACGCUCCUCCGCUCAAGGCUACAAAGCGCAAUGCGCAAUGUGACCGACCACCAAUUCGACCGCCGGGUCUCCGAUCUCGAGGCCCAUAGCCGCAAAUGCCCCCGGCUUUCAUUCUCCGCCCUCUCCACACCACCUCUCUCCUCGCGCAAACAAUUCACCUCCUUCCCCUCAUCCCAAUUGAAGACCCCUCGGGUCGGCACCGCAGGCUUCACCUCCACACCCCUCCACAGCACCCCCGAUCUCCCAGGCCGACCAUCCCCAUUGUCUUCCAGCGUGGUCCAACCCCGCACGAAGAAACACACCCGCACACCACCCCGUCAUCUUGGAUCCCCCAUGCAGCUCAGCAGUCCCCCGGCGACGGUGUCCCGGCACGAACCAGAAAGGCCAUCGAGCAUGGGACCGAGAGCGGAGUUGAUGGACGGUUAUAUCUCGCCGUCGCAGCGCGGGGACGCGGUGGACGGGUUACUCAAGCUCAUGAGUACGGCCGGGAACCAGAGCUCAGAUGCCUGGACGGGGUGA